AUGGAAGAAACAAACUCAGUAGUCUGUCAGAAGUAUAGCACUCCGGCAGCAAAAAAGAAGAGUCAGUCAGCUGCAGCAUCUCGCAAAUCUGCUCCUAGAGGGAAGACGAUGUACAAGCACGGUGCAGGCCCACGCUGUUUCAUAAACAUCGAGCAUAGAAUGACGAUUGAAGACGGUGAACCACCUUCAUAUACAGCCCUAGCGAGGAAGAUACACACGAGCAAAGAUGGUUCCUUCCUAGACGAACGUACGGAGGAACUGGUGCUGGAGGUUGAGCAAGCCGUUGAAGAGAUGUUACAAGAAGAAUCUCCACUUGGCGAAGGUCAAACUGACUCCACUGCUGCUACAAAUUCAAAGCGCUUUCUUCUCAACCAAGAAUACAUCAAGAGAGGACAGACAAAGAAGGGUACAGUCUACGGCCUUGGCAGUGUUCAGUACAAGAACUCAUGUCCUUCUGUGCCAAUUCCUGUCUCACUUCAGCGCAAUCUGGACGUCGACAUGCGCAUCACUGGCUUCGAGACCAACAUUUCUGAAGUCAAGGAAGAUAUCAAUACUUUCAAGACUGAAUUCAACACUUUCAAGACUGAAGUCAAGGAUGGAUGUCAGCAAGCCAAGCAACUCUCAACAUUAUUCUGCAAACUCUCCAAUCUCAAGCUUCCACUCCUGCCUCAACUGCCCAACCAUUUCAGCCUCAAGCUCAGUCACAACCUCAAAGUCAGCCCCAAGCUCCAGUUCAAUCUCAACAUCAGUCACAAGCUCAAGUUCAGUCUACGGCUCAUCCACAACUUCUAACGACCAGUAACCAUUCUGAGUUAGAUAGGUGGUGCCAAAAAGAACUUGGUAUUUAAGGUUUGGUCAGUUCAUGUAUUAAGCUACAAUCUUUUGUG